GGUUCGAGUGUGUGAGUGUGUGAGUGCGCGUGUGGUUGUGUUCACGCCCUCCGUCGGUAUAAAUAAGAGCUCCGUCACAGUCAAAAUCGCACAGUCACUCGACCCAAGUCUCGCUAGUCGGUGUCCGUGCGUGGACCAUCGAGCGUCGUUGAUCGCUGCUGCCCAAGCGAGUAGGAGGACCAGAGCAAGCGAGACGACAUCCGCGAGUCGGCGAGAGAGGGUCUCAGUCGACGUACCCCCCCGCCCCGUCCGCCUCUCUCUCUCUCUCUCUCCUGCCCCCCUCCCCUCGCACGUCUCCGAAUAGUCCCGGCCACAAUGCGUCAGCACUCUCAGCUCGAGAGCCCCAACUUCUACCACGAGAUGGACGUGAGCCUCUCGCAGGAUCUCAAAUCCGCCAACCUCGCCGCCGCCGCCUCCUCCUCGUCGUCGUCGUCCGCACAGGCAGCUGCAGCCCCAUCGGCACCUCUUCAUCAUCAUCAUCAGCAGCAGCAGCAUCAUCAGCAGCAGCAGCAUCAAGCUACUGCCACCACGCUGAUGCUUUUGAAUGACAGUGCACACUUGUCCUCGCUGGAGCCCUUGGGUCAGCUUCAUCAGCACCACCAGCACCAUCAGCAGCACCAUCAGCAGCACCAUCAGCAGCACCAUCAGCAGCACCAUCAGCAGCACCAUCAGCAGCAGCAGCAGCAGCUGGGUGACGCGUACGAGAAUUCCAUCGACCUGAGCUCCUUCAUCUCGCCCGAGGUGGGAUCCGCAGCUCCGCAGCAGAUAGGGGGAACCUUCUCAGAGUUCUACGCCGACGAGUUCCUCGGAGACCUCUUCAAGAACGACUGCAAGAGCCACGUGGAGGGCGACGAGGCACAGCAGCAGCAGCAGGAGGAGGAGGAGGCGGAAGGAGAGGAGGAGGCGAUGGUCGAUCGUAAGAUGCAGCUGCACGAGAUGCAGCAGCAGCAGCAGCAGAGCCAUCAACAGCUGCUCCUGCAGCAACAGCAGCAGCAGCAUCAGCAGCUGUGUGACGAUUCGGACGGAUUUUUCUUCCAUCACCAGAAGAGCCACAACAACAACAACAACCACCAGCACCAGCACCACCACCACGCCGCUCCUGGCGGUGGCGGAUCGCUGCAGUCGCUGCUCGGCUGUGACCCACAGCUCGCCGAGACUCGCCUCGAGAUGAUCUUCGGCGGCAACCACGGACUCCCGAUGUCCGCCUCGGUCGCCGCCGGUGGUGGCGGGGCCGCUGCGGGCGGCGGCGCUGGCGUGAGGAUGGCGGUGGUGAAGAUGGAGCCGAGCGAGGAUGAGUCUGAGACGUCCUGCAGCGGCGGGACACCGUCACCGGGCAAGGGCAGCGGCAGCGGCAGCAGGAGAGGUGCCGGCGGCUCGGGCAAGCGGUGUCUGGACAAGGCAAGCGACGAGUACCGAUUGAGGAGACAGCGGAACAACCUCGCGGUGCGUAAGAGUCGUGACAAGGCAAAGGUGCGCUCGCAGGAGACACAGAGCCGGGUACUGCAGCUGUCGGCGGACAACGAGAGGCUUCGGAGACGCGAGGAUCAGCUGGUGCGUGAGAUCACGGCGCUCCGAGCGCUCUUUUCCGACCUGCAGAGUCAGCAGCAUUGACGAGAUGGAGGUGGUGGUGGUGGUGAUGGUGGUGGCGGCGGUGGUGGUGGUUGUUGGUGCUGAUGAUGAUGAUGAUGUCGGUGGUGAUGACCAACGCUGUGGAGGGUCGUUCAAGCGCGUCCGUGUGUGUCGGCGCAGGCUGAGGACUUUGUCAGAACUUGGUGGUGGUGGUGGUGGUGGAGGAGGAGGAGGAGGGUUGAUGUGGGACUCGAUUCGAGAAUGACAGAAAAUCUGACCCCCGAGUCUCGGACGUCUUCCCGCUUGGCGAGAGAUAUUUCUCAGCAGGAUAACUUACCAAGAAGAUAAGUCGGGCUGAGAUGUCUCUGAGCGAGAUAAACUUCUCAGCAACAGAAGGCACCAAGAAGAUCUGCGGGCUUGAGAUGUCUCCCCUCUGAGCGAGAGAGAGAGAUAACUUUUCAGCAGCAAAACGUACGAAGAAGAUCUGCGGGCAGAGAUGUCUCUGAGCGAGAUAAACUUCUCAGCAACAGAAGGCACCAACAAUAUCUGCGGGCUUGAGAUGUCUCCCCUCUGAGCGAGAUUACUUCAUGGCCACACUUAUCACGCCGCUCACGUUGGAGCUGCGCGCGUCUCCUCCUCAACAGAAAAAAGUUUAUCCGCGGUCGUCAAUUGUGGACGUCGAAUCUCAAACUGCUCUUGUUUGACACGAGGAGGACGAGGAGGAGGAGGUCACGCCCUCCACAUGUUGUGUGACUUUUAACGGACAAUCUCCGAUUGUGAUGUUUGGAAUGAUGAUAGUUGGAUAUUGUAUAUUGUAUAUGUGUGUGUGUCUGGGAUAUCCACCUUGUCUUAAUAAUAAUAAUCAUAUAUAGAUUUUUUUUUCCCGUAGCUGAUGAAGAUUAUUGCACUUGAAAUAUAGCAAUCUUGGCUGCUGAUGGUGAUGAUGGUGGUGGUGGUGAUGUUAAUAAUAAUGAGGGAGGGAGGAGAUUGAGAUCACCAAUGUCAUGAUGCCAAAACAACAACAAAAUCGACGAACAAUUCAGGGUCAAAGAUUGGUUAUUUUGGCUGAACAACAACAACAAAAACCUCAACAACCUCAACCACCGCCAUCAUCGCCGCUCCCUGCUGUGACUUCUGCCCAGCUCUGCGAGCCGCGUGCCAGACUUGAGCAGGGAGCUGUGAAGCCACCUACGUGUCGGAUAGCUCUGCUGCUAAGAGCCCCUGGGUCCCAGGAGUGGAUGGGGUCGGUGGGUCAGGAGGUGCACGUGCGAAUGAGCGGGUGGGUGAGAGACUUUGGGUGGGUGAGAGACUUGGGUGGGUGAGAGCCCUUGGGUGGGUGAGCGGAUGGCCUAGUUGAUGGGCCCACGUGAAUGGGGACGGCUUGUGUCCUUUGCCUUUUUAAAAGGAAUGUUUUAAACUCGCUCCGCUUGGAAUAGGACUGGAACAUCUGUUUUAAACAACAACAAAAAAACCAAGAGCUUCACAGCUCAUCGGAUUUCUCCAGUAUGAAUAUUCUGAUUGUGCUUUCGGAUAGGUUACCCGACGUGCCUUGGACUCGUCCACCAAACUUCGUGAGGCCCGUGCCUUUUUAAAGACUUUUCGUAGUCACCUUCACGAGCAGCCUUUGUGAGACGAGUCUGCGAACGAGUGGGCGAGCGAAUGAGUCUGAGAGGGAAGUUGAGGAACGACGGAGUGAAUGAGUUAGGGGGGGAGGGCGCGUAUGGUGAAAAUGAAGUCGAGCGAGUAAACGAAUCGUACUCGAGACGGGAUCGACAAUUUUCGCGUGGCAAGACGAACGACUAAGAAACGAGAAUCAGUCAGAUGGAAUGAGUGACGCGAAUGAGUGCGAUAGGAAUGACUAUCGCUUUUAAAAAAAAAAUCGACACUGAAUCCCAAAGUUUUGAUCAGCCGCGUCUUUAUGCUGUGAAGUCUUCUAUAACGAUCGGACCACACACACGCACGCACACACGCGCGUGUGUGUGUGUCGUGCCGUGUACAUACUUAACAUAAGCUAAUAUAUUACAGAAAAAGUGUCGAUAUAUAUUACAAAAAGCAAUGCCUAUCUAUAUCGUGGGCGCGACCCUUAUAUAUUAUAUAAUAAUUGUAACAGAGAGAGGGGACGUCUACGUGGGAGAUAUUUUACGAAGUGAUGGUUUAUUUUUACCGGGAGGGAAUAACUUAAAGUGAUGUUUUGGAGUGAGGAUCGCCCGCUCGGGGUGUAAAGAUGUCGCUGUGCACAGAUGGUCGAUCGUUCCACAACAGUAAAACACAUCAGCAGCAGCCAGCAGCAGCAGCAGCAAGGUGACACGUUGAAAUUUGAAUGAGUGCAAACGUUUCGGAGGCUAGGACCCUCCUUGAGCGCUUGGCAGGGGGAUAGUAGUUGGGGAGGGGGGGUGUUGGUCACAGUCUUGAGACUGGGAAAAAGUCUCCGAUGUUUGUAGUUUAGCAGGUAAGGUCCCCACCACCACCACCAUUGAGCUUCUACGACAUAGCUCGGUUUUUUUUUGUCUGUCAGAAACGAGGUGGCUAUCCCAAGUGGUGAUAACGGCUCAACAACAGUUGGAUGUUGUCGACUGGACAUUUCCAGCGGCCAAAUAACUCCUUAACACUCCUCGUCGUCGUUGUUGAUGAUGAUUCUAAAUGUGGAAGGGGAAAAAACAAAUCGUAGGAGCCGGAGUGGGGGGAUAGUCGGAGAGAGAUGGAGAGAGAGACACAGAGACAGACAGAGAGAUAUAGCGACAGAGAGAGACACAGAGAGAGACACACACACACACAGACAUAUGGACAGACAGAUAUAGAGACAGAGAGAUAGAGAGAGACACACACAGAGAGAUAUAGAGACAGAGAGAGAGACACAGAGAGACACACACAGAGACAGAUAGAGAUACAGAUAGACAGAGAGACACACACACAGAGACACAGAGAUACACAGAGAGACAGAGACUGCAAACUCCAAACACACAGCAGCAGGCGUCGUCAGGGUCGGGAUCGAGCACCACGACCUCCUGCGCACCAGGCGAGAGAGUUAACAUCUCAUAGCAGUCCUCUUCACACGGAGUGACUGGCUGUCCUACCGCGUGUUACUUCAGCGGGCUGUUGCUGUUCCUGUUGUGGUCGCACGCGUUGGGGGCUGGGGGGGGGUGGUCACAGUACGUUCCUGCUGUUGCGUUAUGGCUAUCGUCCAGUCGUUGAGACUGCUGCUGCUGAUGAUGAUGUUGUUGAUGAUGCUGCUGAUGAUGAUGAUGUUGUUGUUGCUGCUGAUGAUGAUGUUGUUGAAGUCAUCAGAGCUGUCGUCAAAUGAUGAUCUACGUUGUCCUAUGCAGCCGAAGCGAGGCAACGGCGUUUACCCAUUUCCCGUCUCGUGUACCAAAUAAAAGUGACAACACCGAUA